GAUUUGAAGGUAAAAAUUCAAAAACACUUAGAAGUCUAUUCGAAGAAAAAAAAUAUCGACUCUGAUAACAAUAAAAAUAAAGUAAUGACGUUUGUAUCUUCCUUAAUUGGUGCUUUACAACGUGUUGAGCUAAAUGUGUUAAACAUGAUAGAUCAAUCUGAGAUGUCUAUUGUUGAAUGUAUAAAUAAUAUAAUCGACCACCUAAGUAGUUCCAUAGAUAAUUUGCAAUCAAAAUUAAAUCAAAUAGACUUGAUGCUGCAUAGUCAUCUAUAUUUAUCUGCCACAUUAUCGGAUUUUAUUGUUGACAUUGAACGUACACUAGAUACAACUUAUUACAUAGCGAAAAAGGACAAGGUCGAAACAUCAAUUUUUUUCAACACUAAUAUUUUUGAUGCUAUUUGGCAGUGUGUAGUUCCUACUAUUGACAUGUCUGAUGAAUACAUACUAACUAAUACUCCUAAUUUGCCUUCGGAAUACACAAUAAUAAGUUCUACGAUUAAAUUAGAAAAUGAUACACCUUCACCUGUAUGUCCACAUACGUCUCGUUCCAACGUUUCGACUUCUAGUGAUCAUUCAACUAAAUCCACUGAUAGCAUUAAGACACAAAAUGAUAAUCACUUUUUCAUUAAAGAAAUCACCGAAAACAAAGUCGAGACUGUGCUCAUAACAUUCGUAAAUAGUCCAUCAGACUUCUAUUUGCAACUGCAUGACAACACAAAUACUUUAAAAGCUGUUUCCGAUGAAGUGAACAAAUUCGUACGAAAAAAACAAAGCGUAGUUCAAAGUGUUGAAAUGAACAAUGUGGUGUAUGCUGUGCAAUUAUCAACCGAUCAAUGGUGCCGAGGGGUUGUAGUUCACAUCUACAAUGAAAAUGAUUACAAUUUGUAUACAGUUCAUUGCAUUGAUUAUGGUUUUACAGAAACUUUAAUGUUUAACAAAAUAAGAAAGGUGCCAGAAUCUGUUGUCUCAAUUCCUCCAUUAGCCUAUAACUGUGCCUUAUAUGACCUAAAACCAAAGGCAACAACUGGAUGGUCAAAUGACGCAUAUCAAUUAUUCCGUGAUUUAAUAACCCAAGAGAAGACCAAUUCAUUUUUUAUUUAUCCUAUAGAAACAAAUGGUGAACGAAUUGAGGUAGAUGUUAUUUGUAAUGGUAUUCAUCCAAUGUCCAUACGAGAUGCUAUGUUGUAUUUGGGAUAUGGUACAACUGAAAAUUAUAUGACAAUAGCAUUAAGAGAAAAACUUUUGAGCACAAUUAAAUUGCCUAGUAAUAAAAUAUUAAAAGAAGGAGAAGUAUAUUCAAUUAUUUUAUGUCAUUUAUAUUCACCAAAUGAAUUUUAUUUCCGAACAAGUGAAGAUGAUGAGUUACUAAUAGAAAUUAUGAAAAAGUUAGAAACCAUAUACAAACCUACUGAAUAUGAUUCAAAUAAGAGCUAUUUAUUGUACACACCACAAAUUGGAAUGGCAGUUGCAGCUCAAUAUUCUAUUGAUAAUACUUGGUAUCGAGCAAAAAUAAUAAGUUUACCAGAAUCUCGCAUGGUUACUAUUAACUAUAUAGAUUAUGGUAACUCAGAAACAUUACCAUGGGAUCAGUUAAGAGUGCUUGAUCAAAGUCUUAUUAAAACACCACCAUUAGCAAUAAAAGCAUCACUGUCAGAUGUUUAUCCUGCAUUUAAUGGUAUAGAAUGUACCAAUUGGAGUGAUGAUGCAACUGCUGCAUUUUUUAAUCUAAUGAAAAAUGAUGAUUCCAUGAAUGAUAACUUGACUGCAAAGGUUCUAUUUGCUAAUGAAGAUUCACACAAAGUGGUUCUGUAUAAUCAUACGUCAAGAGGUGAAGUGUGUAUAAAUAGCAAACUUAUAGCUCAAGGUCAUGGUAUGCGGUCAGAACCUGGAUCAUAUUCAUUUGUUAAAGAAAAUGUAAGAACACCCCUUAAACGUAAGCCUAAGCUUAUACAUAGCAACUCUAGAGAUAAACCUGUGAUUUUUUCAACUGAAGACACUAUGGCGUUUGUUAAGCCAUGGUCAAUUGUUGAAGAUGUAAGUCAUUCAUGGCCUAAAACUAAAGCUAAUAAGGAUGUUCCUGGUGUUGAAAUGUCAAUUGUUAAAGUUAUCAGCCCUGAUGAAAUAACUUUAAAACGUAUUAAUUAUGAUCCUACCAAAUUAAUUGGACAGAUGAAUAAUGUGUAUAAUUCUAAGAAACUCAAAAAAAAUAAUCAAAAAACACAAUGGCAAGUAAAUGAUUUAUGUGCAGUAUAUAUAAAAAAAUUUGGUAAUUGGUACAGAGGAAAAAUUUUAAGUAUAGAUACAAAAAAUGGUACUGCGAGUAUUUUGUUUUAUGAUUUGGACCAAAUAAAUCAUGGAAUACCACUAAAUUCUUUGUACACACUUGAACCAAAUUUAAUUAAUGCAAAAUCUGGUAUUGUAUAUUGCUGUAUGGACAAAUUAGUUCCAUUAGGUGUUUCAGAUAGUAAAUGGCCUAAAUUUAGUUGUGAUCGUUUAAUUGAAGAGUUAAAGAAAUAUUCUGUUGUAUAUUUUUCAAAAACAGGAAAGAAAGACAGUGUUGCUUUAGGAGAAAUAUGGGUAAAAGAAAUAAAAAUGCCUGAAGCAUUAAAACCAGUACAUGAACGUUGGAUAAAUAUGAACACAUUUAUGAUUGAACAAGGUUUUGCUAUGAGUAAUAAAGAAUAUACAAAGGUUGAUGAAUGCUUAUCCUCCCAAUCAGAAUCGGAAUUUAACAAGACUUUCGAGUCUUCAAAUUAUGACACGACCAUAAAUUGUUGGCUUCCUCCUCUGCCUAUUACUCAAUCUCGAUUAAAUGCCUGGGUAACGUAUAUUGAUAUGGAUUGCCAUAUUUAUUUUCAAGUUUUUUCAAGUGACAGUGAAACUUCUCAAUUAUUAAGAAAUGUUUCAGAAGAAUUAAACUCUAUAUAUUCUAAUUCCCAACCAGAACCUAUGAACGUCAAAUGGAAACAAGGACAGAUGGUUAUUGUAAGGUAUCAUCUUGAUAACCAGUGGUACAGAGGAACAAUCACAAAAGUAGAAGAAAAUGGAAAAUUCACUGUUCAGUUUUUAGAUUAUGGUAAUAUCGAAACUUGUUCACAUGAAGAUCUUCGAUCAACUUUGUACAUGACUGAUAUUCCUCAGUUAUGUUUAAAAGGAUUCUUCACUUCUAUUUUACCGAUGACGAAAAAUUACCGAUGGAAACGUGACACCCUCGAUUUUCUACAUUCUUUGAUUGUUGAGCAAUUGUGUACGAUAACGUUGGAUUUGUCGUUUACGUCAAAUUCAUAUGCUAUCAGCAAAAUUAUAAUGGGAAAACCACCCCAGGAUAUCUGUCAGCUGCUGGUCACGAACAAAUCAGCGUACUUCUGUUACGCGUCGGACAUGAACCUGAUCGAGUGCAUCGGUGUGGACGAUCACAUGACCGAAAAGGAGACCGAGGUCACGGCCGAAAAGGAUACCGAUGGCAUGGCCGGAAAGGAUACCGAUGGCGCGGCCAAAAAGGAUACCGAGGGCGCGGUCGGACCGGACAUCCGCUCCGCUCAUUAUCAAGCCGUCGUAAACAAAGCCUCCGUCGACCAAGAACAACGGGACACGGUGGCGUCGGCCGUCGUUGGCCCGGGUAGCCGUUGCAGCAGCGCGGUGUCCAGCGCCACGGGAAAAGGCGAGUACGGCGACGACGAGAGAAGCACCGCUGACGAGGGAAGCGACGCGGAGGAAUCAUCCGAUUACUUGAGGUUCUGUUUGAAUUCCAACGAGGUGGUCGAGGGCAAGUUAUCCCGGGUCAUCUCGCCCAUCCGCGUGACGUUGACGAUCGAGCGAAUAGAUGGCAUCGACAUCACCGUGUCCAAGCACAGUAUGCAAACCACUAUGCUCGAUAAAUGUCCCAAACUGCCGGUGCUCGACAACAUUGCGCCAGGCUUGGCAGUCGUUAUUUUCCACAACUUUUUGUGGAAACGGGGCAUCAUUAGCGAUAACGGGAAGUUUGUACAUUUAGUCGAUUUUGGCGUAUCCAUUAAACUGGUUAAAAACAACGUUAGACGUUGCCCAGCCGAGUUUUUCGCAUUGCCAAUGUUCUCAAUCGAUUGUCGACUGGCCAAAGUGACGAUGAGCGAUGACGCCGAUGCCAGAGACGUGGUAGAAAAAAUGACCAAGUUGUUGAGAGACAUCAAAUUGAAAAUCGUCUGGAUCGGCGAUUCGGCCGACGGCGACGAGACCGUUGACGUGGAUCUAUACAACAGCGCGGGAGACUUAGCGUACCAGCCGCUGAUUGACUCCCGGCUGUUAAUUCCCAAGUGAUGCGUUUUUAAAUUUGUAACUCGUGAUAACUCGAAAUAUUUUAUAUUAUGAUUAUUAUCUAUUCAUUUAAGUUAAGAUUGUCAACCGAUUCAUUAGAAUUAUUAUUCAAUAAUAACCUCUAAUUAAUUAAUAACAUCAAUUACAUUGUUGUAUCGGCAGUCGGCCUUACAACACGGUGCGCUGUAGAUUAUAGUACCACUUCAGCAUGGACAUACGUUAUUACAUUUUACAAUUAUUUUUUUUAUUUUAUUAUUAUUAUUAUUAUUAUUAUUAUUUUUUUUUUUUUUGUGAGCAAAAAGUAAUUUAUUUUAUUUUUAAGUAUUUUAUUAUUAUCUACAGUUUUCUUGAUCGACAUUUUAUUGGGGCUUAAAGAUAUCAAAUACUACAACGAAGUUGUGUUUUUUUUUUUUAAUUUUAUACAUACAGUUUAAAAUAUUUACUUAAGAG